CCACUAGACCAUGGGUGAGCUGCUGGACCGAAUUGAGGAGCGUAUGGACCAGAUCAACGCGGACUUGGAGAAGAAGGCGGAGGCGGAGAAGAAUCUAAGUGGCAUGGAGAAGUGCUGCGGCAUUUGCGUGCUGCCCUGGAAGAAGGAGAACAUCAAGAGCGACAAAGAGAACGCCUGGAUGUCCAAAGAUGAUGACAAGAUCGUGGCCAGCCAUCCGCAGCUUGUUGUCAACGAGCGGGAGUGCGGCGGAAUGGGUCCUUCACCGCAGACCGGCUAUAUGGCCAGGAUUACGAACGAUGCACGCGAGGUCGAGUUGGACGAUAACCUGGGGCAGAUGAAUUCGUUGCUGAGUAACAUGCGCAACAUCGCCCUGGAUAUGGACUCCGAGCUGGACAACCAGAAGGAGCGAUUGGACCGUAUCAACGCCAAGGGUGAUCCCAACAACAUUCGCAAGGACGGCGUCACCAAGCCCGUCAACAACCUGCUCAAGAGUUAAAUAUGCACAAAGGACAAUAUUGA